AUGCACAUGAUCAAUCAGAUGAGUAGUGAUGCAAAAAAACAAAAUCAUAUCAGAGUGCCUUACAGCUCACAUGAUUGUUUCUUCCCUUAUCCUCCAUUUGAAUCUGAUGAUUUUUCUAUAUCUUCAUUUGCAUUUCCAUCCGUCAUAAACCAUGAAUCCGAAUAUCCAGAUUGGUAUAAGCCUAAGAUCGACAUUUCAGUGAUUACCAACGAUCGACCGAAUUCUUUAACAAGAUUAAUGGAUUCAUUAAGUCAAGCUGAUUAUUAUGGAGACGAAGUCAACUUGAUCUUAAAUUUAGAACAAACAUCUGAUUUACAAACUCGAAAGCUUUGUACAAAUUAUCAAUGGAAUCAAGGAUCGAAGAUCAUUAGACAAAGGAUUAUCCAUGCAGGACUUUUACCUGCUGUGAUCGAAUCUUGGUAUCCUUCUUCGUUACAUGAUUCGUAUGGAGUUUUACUUGAAGAUGAUGUAGAGGUUUCAACUCAAUUUUAUGGUUAUGAUCCUAUCACAUCACCUUAUCUUUCACCUAUUCCAUGUUCUUGGGGUGCUUUAUUCUUUCCAGAAUCAUGGAUUGGAUUUCAAGAAUUCUUAUCAUUAAGAUUAUCAGAUUCAUUAAAACCGAAAUUAGAUUUAGAAGGAUCAGCAAUCUUAUCACCGAUCAGAUCUACAAGAUGGCCUAAGAGUUGGAAAAAAUAUUUAAUUGAAUGGGUUUAUUUGAAAGGUAAAGUGAUGUUAUAUCCGAAUUUUUGGAAUUUCAAACGAUUCGAAAGUGAAAGUUUAAGUACCAAUCAUUUAGAAAAAGGAACUCAUAUACAUGAAUCGGUAGAAGAAUUGAUCAAAAAAACCUUUGAAGUGAAUUUAAUGAUGAUCAACACUUCGAAUUCAUUGCUAAGUUCCAUUGGAUUAGGUCAUCGUCAUUUACCUAAAUUGAUCAAUUUGAUGUGUGUUGAUCUUUGGGGUGAGAUUUGUAGUCUUGAUGAACUUCUUCAAAGAGCUUGGAUUGGGGCUAGAGCUUUAGGGUUUUGUGAUGAAGAUUAUGAAGGGAAUGAACGAUUGAUUGGAUUGAAUGAAUUGGUUUGUUGA